GUGCGCGCCCGCGCCGACGUUAUCGCACGGCGGCGUGCCGCCGAGGAAAUUUUAUCAAUACCGCGGCGGCCAUCUAGUCCCGCUGGCAGUCGCUCGCGAAAAGUUCCGCGCCGAGCUCCGAACGUCCGACCGGGGGGUGCGAGCCGAGCGAGAGCCGAUCGACAAAUCGACGAGGAUUGGCGGAAUAGGAGGGGCCCGAGGCGAUCGACUACGAGCACCAUGGCAACGGAAGGCGGUUUAGCACCGGAUGCGGCUGCAGGCGCCGGCACCGACGGCAUCGUCGGUGGCCCGCGAACCCCACAGCAAAUUGCCUCGCAGAAGCGGCUGCAGGCGACGCAAGCGCAAGUCGACGAGGUCGUCGACAUCAUGAAGACGAACGUCGAGAAGGUCCUCGAGCGCGAUCAGAAGCUCUCCGAGCUCGACGAUCGAGCAGAUGCACUCCAGCAAGGAGCGUCACAGUUUGAACAGCAAGCAGGAAAAUUGAAGAGAAAGUUUUGGCUACAGAAUCUAAAGAUGAUGAUCAUCAUGGGUGUGAUCGCACUCAUCGUACUGGCCAUUAUUGUCGUGAAAUUCAUGCCGGAAUCCGCGCCAGCCCCGCCGUACAACUAUCCGCCGCCGCCGGGGCCCGCGGUGCCCGUAGCGAAUGUUGCAACGGGUGGCGCAGGGGGGACGGGCGCUGCACCAGGGGCUAAUUCGCCGCAGACCGCGGGGGCCGCGUUCGUCGGUAACGGCGCCGGCAUACGCAGCCUCGUUUAAACGACGCGCCGCCGACACUCGGGCUGGGAGGAGACACGAGGAGGACCGACCCUGACAACGACACCCUCAUCCGCGGAAAUAACUGGUCGACAUACUCUCUUCGGCGACCAAUUCGCUCGGCACGUCGAAGGGCACGGGGUGCGCGGUGGAUCCGGUAAUUCCGUAGGCCGUAGAAUUCGCUAAAGCAACGAGGCUACGGACGGAAUGCCAUGGACUUCGCCAACGGAACCCUUCGACCAACCCCGCGCGUCCCAUUAUUUUCACGCCGUGUUAUUUUCUUUCCCCGUUGAGGCGACGUCUAAUAAUUCCAACGUCCCGUUAACGAUUGUCGUGCACCUACUGUGCGGCUUUCUUCGAGCUACGUAGUAUUUAGACACAAAUUGUCUUCACAUAUCUUUGUUCACCAAUUUUUGUUCGAUUCUUACUUUUCUUACGUCUUACUGAUCAGUCGGACUUUGAGUUGUUUAAGUGGAAGCGACAUAUCGACCGGUCUUUUCGUCGUUCAGGAAGAAGGAAACGAUCUAUAUUCUAGGCCACUCCGUUAUACAGGGUGUUUCCUCUAAGUCGAGCACGUAGAAUAUCUCAAAACGUGUAAGUUCCAGAGGAGAACUUUCCAGACAAGAGUUGUAGGGUUUCAAAUAACGCAUUACUUAGCAAUAUCAGUAUGACCUUGAAUGGCGUUGUCAAGAUCACGUGAAGGUCAUUUUAAAUUUUUGUAAUGGAACCCCCUAUUGUUUAUUACACUAUCU